AUGGCUCUGACGAUCCCCCCGGUGAAGCUCAAGUGGCUGGAGCACCUGAACAGCUCCUGGAUCACCGAGGACAGCGAGUCCAUCGCCACGCGGGACGGCGUGGCGGCGCUCUACUCCAAGCUGCUGGCCAACAAAGAGGCGGUGCUGCUGCCCCAGCAGGUGCUGUGCCUCAAGGGCCCCCAGCUGCCCGACUUCGAGCGCGAGUCCCUGUCCAGCGAUGAGCAGGAGCACUACCUGGACGCGCUGCUGGGCAGCCAGCUGGCGCUGGCCCAGACCGUGUGCUCGGACUCGCCGUUCGCCGCCGCGCUGCGCCGCCGCGUGCUGGUGCUGCAGCGCAUCUUCUACGCGCUCUCCAACAAGUACCACGACAAGGGGCGGGCCAAGCAGCCGCCGCACUCCCCGGAGAGCAGCGCCGGCUCGGCCGACCCGCUGGCGGUCAGCGAGCGGCCGCGCUCCAGCACCGACGCCCUCAUCGAGAUGGGCGUGCGCACGGGCCUCAGCCUGCUGUUCGCCCUGCUGCGCCAGAGCUGGAUGCUGCCGCCGGCCUCCGCCGCCGCCGCCGGUGGCGGCGGGGGGGGCGGGGUCAGCCUAUGCAACGACGUCAUCCGCACCGCCAUCGACGUGGUCAGCUCGCUGCCGCCGCUGUCCCUGGCCAACGAGAGCAAGAUCCCCGCCAUGGGGCUGGACUGCCUGGCCCAGGUCACGGGCUUCCUGAAGGGCGUGACCAUGCCCAGCUCGGGCGCCGACACGCUGGGCCGGCGGCUGGCCUGCGAGCUGCUGCUGGGCCUGGCGGCGCAGCGCGGCUCGCUGCGCUACCUGCUGGAGUGGAUCGAGAUGGCGCUGGCGGCCGCCGCCGCCGUGGUGGGCGGGCUGGAGCAGAGCCAGGAGGGCCUGAUGGGCUACGACUGCUUCAUGAACAUCCUCAUGCAGAUGAGGCGCUCCCUGGGCUCGUCGGCAGACCGCAGCCAGUGGCGGGAGCCCACCAGGAUGCCGGACGGGCUGUGCUCGCUGUACGAGGCGGCGCUCUGCCUGUUUGAAGAGGUGUGCCGCAUGGCGUCGGACUACUCGCGCACCUGCGUGAGCCCGGACAGCAUCCAGGCCGGCGAGGCGCCGGUGGUGUCGGAGACCUGCGAGGUUUACGUGUGGGGCAGCAACAGCAGCCACCAGCUGGUGGAGGGCACCCAGGAGAAGAUCCUGCAGCCCAAGCUGGCCGCCAGCUUCGCCGACGCUCAGACGAUCGAGGCCGGUCAGUACUGCACCUUUGUGAUCUCCUCCGACGGCUCGGUCCGGGCCUGUGGGAAGGGCAGCUACGGGCGGCUGGGCCUCGGAGACUCCAACAACCAGUCCACGCUCAAGAAGCUGACCUUCGAGCCCCACCGGGCCAUCAAGAAGGUGUCGUCGUCCAAAGGCUCGGACGGCCACACGCUGGCCUUCACCACCGAGGGGGAGGUGUUCAGCUGGGGCGACGGCGACUACGGCAAGCUGGGCCACGGCAACAGCUCCACCCAGAAGUACCCCAAGCUGAUCCAGGGGCCCCUGCAGGGGAAGGUGGUGGUGUGUGUGUCCGCUGGCUACAGGCACAGCGCCGCCGUCAGCGAGGAUGGCGAGCUCUACACGUGGGGGGAGGGUGACUUCGGCAGGUUGGGUCACGGCGACAGCAACAGCCGGAACAUCCCCACGCUGGUCAAAGACAUCAGCAACGUGGGCGAGGUGUCGUGUGGCAGCUCGCACACCAUCGCUCUGUCCAAGGACGGCCGCACCGUCUGGUCCUUCGGGGGCGGCGACAACGGAAAGCUGGGCCACGGCGACACAAACCGGGUCUACAAGCCCAAAGUGGUGGAGGCCCUGCAGGGCAUGUUCAUCAGGAAGGUGUGCGCCGGCAGCCAGUCGUCUCUGGCCCUCACCUCCACCGGACAGGUGUACGCCUGGGGCUGCGGCGCCUGCCUGGGCUGCGGCUCCUCCGAGGCCACGGCGCUCAGACCCAAGCUGAUCGAGGAGCUGGCCACCACCCGGGUUGUGGACAUCUCCAUCGGGGACAGCCACUGCCUGGCCCUGUCCCACGACAACGAGGUGUACGCCUGGGGCAACAACUCCAUGGGCCAGUGUGGCCAGGGCAACUCCACCGGCCCCAUCACCAAGCCCAAGAAGGUGGUGGGCCUGGACGGGGUGGCCAUCCAGCAGAUCUCAGCCGGGACGUCCCACAGCCUGGCCUGGACGGCCCUGCCCAGAGACCGGCAGGUGGUGGCCUGGCACCGGCCGUACUGCGUGGACCUGGAGGAGAGCACCUUCUCCCACCUGCGCUCUUUCCUGGAGCGUUACUGUGACGGCAUCAACAGCGAGGUCCCCCCGCUGCCCUUCCCCUCCUCCAGGGAGCACCAUAACUUCCUGAAGCUGUGCCUCCGGCUGCUGUCCAAUCACCUGGCUCUGGCCCUGGCCGGGGGCGUGGCCACCAGCAUUCUGGGUCGGCAGGCCCGGCCUCUGCGGAACCUGCUGUUCAGGCUGAUGGACUCCUCUGUUCCGGAUGAGAUCCAGGAGGCCGUGAUCGAGACUCUGUCUGUGGGGGCCACCAUGCUGCUGCCCCCCCUGAGGGAGAGGAUGGAGCUGCUCCACUCCCUGCUGCCGCAGGGCCCCGACAGAUGGGAGAGCCUCUCCAAAGGACAGAGGAUGCAGCUGGACAUCAUCCUGACCAGUCUCCAGGACCACACGCAUGUGGCCUCGCUGCUGGGCUACAGCUCUCCUGCCGACGGCCCCGAGGUCCCCUCCACCGGCGCCGCCUUCACGGCCUCCGCCGACCCCGCGCACGGCGCCACGGGCGGCCACCCCGACACCCACCUGGCUGAGAUCCUGAUGAAGACGCUGCUCAGAAACCUGGGCUUCUACACUGACCAGGCGUUGGGCGAGCUGGAGAAGAACAGCGACAAGCUGCGCCAGGGCACGUCCUCGUCCGACAGCAGCCAGCCGGCCCACCUCCACCAGCUGCUGUGCUCGCUGCAGAAGCAGCUGCUGGCCUACUGCCACAUCAACGCCGUCACCGAGAACUCCAGCAGCGUGGCCCUGCUGCACAAACACCUGCAGCUCCUGCUGCCGCACGCCACCGACAUCUUCUCCCGCUCGGCCGCCCUCAUCAAGGAGAGCUCCUGGAACGGCAGCAUCCGCGAGAAGCUGCAAGAUGUGAUCUACGUGUCGGCCGCUGGCAGCAUGCUGUGUCAGAUCGUCAACGCGCUGCUGCUGCUCCCCGUGUCCGUGGCCCGGCCUCUGCUCAGCCACCUGCUGGACCUGCUGCCCCCCCUGGACCGCCUCAACAGGCUGCUGCCGGCCGCCGCCCCCCUGGAGGACCAGGAACUGCAGUGGCCUCUGCACGGCACGUCGGACUUCGCCGAGCCGCCGUCGGGGACGCCGCUGCCGGCGCCGGCGCUGUCCUGGGUGUGGCUGGUGGACCUGGAGAGAACGGUGGCCUUGCUGGUGGGCCGCUGCCUGGGCGGGAUGCUGCAGGGGGCCUCCACCUCGCUGGAGGAGCAGGACACCGCCUACUGGCUCAAGACGCCGCUGUUCAGCAAUGGCCUGGAGAUGGACAUCCCCCAGUUAGACGGCUGCAUCAGCUCCCUGCUGGAGGCGGCGCUGUCGGGGAACGAGGAGCAGAAGCCCUUCGACUGCCCGCUGCGAGCCGACCUCAGCAUGCUGGUGGAUUUGGCUCUGGGUUCCUCCAAAGAACCAGCCAACAACCUCUGGAUCAACCUGCAGGACUUCGCCAUGAGCAAAGACUGGGACAACGCGUCGCUCAGCAACGAGUCCCUGCUGGACACCGUCUGCAGGUUUGUGCUGGCAGCUCUGCUGAAGCACACCGGACUGCUGGGCCAGGCCUGCGGGGAGGGCAGGUACCAGCCCUCCAAGCCGCUGGCCGAAGUCUAUCGCAGCGUUUACAAAGUCCGGAACCGGCUGCUGGCAUGUAAGAACAUGGACUUCAUCCAGACCAGGUCUUCCUCUCGAGAGAGGAGGAUUUCAGACAACCAGGACUCUGUGGACAUGGACCCCCAGGAGCACCUGUUCACGCGAACCAUUGACGAAGAGGCCGAGCUGGAGGAGAGAGCUGACCGCGAGAGAGAAGAGGGCCAUCAGGAGGAGGACGAGGAGGAGGACCGGGAGCACGAAGUGAUGACGGCUGGAAAAAUCUUUCAAUGUUUCCUCUCAGCGCGGGAGGUGGCGCGCAGCCGGGACCGGGAGCGGGCCAGCAGCAGCACGGGCCUGGGCUCCGGGUCGGGCUCCAGAACCGGCGCCGGCGGCGGGGAGGAGGACGGCGCUCUGUCCCAGGAGGGCCGGAGGGGCAGCGCCGGCCUGGCGGAGGGCCAGGACCUGUACACCGCCGCCUGCAACUCGGUGAUCCACCGCUGCGCCCUGCUGGUGCUCGGCGUCAGCCCGGUUCUGGGAGAGCUGAGCAAGCAGAACCAGGACGAGGGCCAGAGCCAGUCAGUGGCCGGGACACAGGAGUGUCUGAGCUUCAUGACCAGGAGCGAGAGCCUGAGCGCAGAGAGCCGCUCGGUGCAGAGCAGCCCGAGUUACCGACUCAUGAAGUCCCGCAGCGAGUCGGACCUGUCGCAGCCGGAGUCGGACGAGGAGGGCUACAGCCUGAGCGGGCGGCGGAACGUGGACCUGGACCUGGCCUUCUCCCAGAAGAAGCGAGGCCUGCUCCACAGCUCGCCCGACUCCCUGGCCGAGUCCUGGUUCCGGGCCAAGCUGAGCCGGCAGCGCAGCUACGGCUCGGCCCAGUCCUACGACGAGCCCGACCUGGACCUGAGCCGCUCGCUGGGGGUCCACGCCCUCAUCGACAACACGGUGAGCUUCAUCAGCGGCGACGUGGGCCUGGCCCCCGCCUUCAGGGAGCCCGAGGAGAGCAUGUCCACCAGCCCCCAGGCCACCAUCCUGGCCAUGGAGCAGCAGCAGAGCCGGGGGGAGCUGAGGUUGGAGGCGCUCCAUCAGAUCGUGGUGUUGAUCUCGGGGAUGGAGGAGAAGGGCAGCCAGCCCCUGGGGGCCGACCGGUCCAGCAGCUCCUUCCAGUCCUCCUCCCUGCUGACCUCCGUCAGGCUGCAGUUCCUGGCCGGCUGCUUUGGGCUCGGCACCGUGGGCACCGGAGGGCUGAAGAGGGAGAGCGUGCAGCUGCAUCACUACCAGGACGGGAUAAAAGCAGCCAAGCGGAGCCUCCAGAUGGAGAUCCAGACGGCCGUUCACAAGAUCUACCAGCAGCUGUCUGUCACCUUGGAGAAAGCCCUGCAGGCCAACAAACACCACAUCGAGGCUCAGCAGCGCCUCCUGCUGGUGACGGUCUUUGCCCUGAGUGUGCGCUACCAGCCGGUGGACGUGUCCCUGGCCAUCUCCAGUGGGCUGCUGAACGUCCUGUCCCAGCUGUGCGGCACGGAGACGCUGCUCGGCCAAUCUCUGCAGCUGCUGCAGAAACCCGGCGUGUCGCAGCUCAGCGCCGCCCUGAAGGUGGCGUCCACCCGGCUGCUGCAGAUCCUGGCCAUCAGCACAGGGACCUAUGCAGACAAGCUAAGCCCGAAGGUGGUCCAGUCCCUGCUGGACCUGCUGUGCAGCCAGCUGAAGAACCUGCUGUCCCAGGCCGGGGUCUCGCUGCUGCCGGCCGGGAAGGACCAGGAGGAUUCCAAGCAGGAGGACUCCUCCGACUCCGAGAAGAGAGACUUCAGGGCUCUGAUCCGGAAGCAGCACACGGCGGAGCUCCACCUGGGAGACUUCCUGGUCUUCCUCAGGAGGGUGGUGUCCUCCAAAGCCAUCCAGUCCAAGAUGGCGUCCCCUAAGUGGACCGAGGUGCUGCUCAACAUCGCCGCCCAGAAGUGCUGCUCAGGGGUUCCUCUGGUGGGGAACCUGAGAACGCGACUCCUGGCCCUCCACGUCCUGGAGGCCGUGCUCCCCGCCUGCGAGGCCAACAUGGAGGACGACCAGAUGACCCAGGUGGUGGAGCGGCUCUUCUCCCUGCUGUCCGACUGUAUGUGGGAGGCGCCGGUGGCCCAGGCCAAGCACGCCGCCCAGGUGAAGGAGAAGGUCCAGGAGCUGAAGCUGCAGGGAGACGCUGAGGAGGAGGACGAGAACCUCCCCAUCCAGGAGGUGUCCUUCGACCCGGAGAAGGCCCAGUGCUGCGUGGUGGAGAACGGCCAGGGGCUGACGCACGGCAGCGGGGGGAAGGGCUACGGCCUGGCCUCCAGCGGGGUGUCCUCCGGGUGCUACCAGUGGAAGUUCUACAUCGUGAAGGAGAACCGGGGCAACGAGGGCACCUGUGUGGGGGUGUCGCGGUGGCCCGUGCACGACUUCAACCACCGCACCACCUCGGACAUGUGGCUGUACCGGGCCUACAGCGGGAACCUGUACCACAACGGGGAGCAGACGCUGGCCCUCAGCAGCUUCACCCAGGGGGACUCCGUCACCUGCGUCCUGGACAUGGAGGCCAGGACCAUCUGCUUCGGAAAGAACGGGGAGGAGCCGAAGCUGGCCUUUGAGGACGUGGACGCCACAGAGCUGUACCCCUGCGUGAUGUUCUACAGCAGCAACCCAGGCGAGAAGGUGAAGAUCUGUGACAUGCAGAUGAGGGGGACUCCUCGGGACCUACUGCCCGGGGACCCGGUCUGCAGCCCCACGGCCACCGUGCUGGCGGAGGCCACCACGCAGCUGAUCCGCAUCCUGCACCGCACCGACCUGUGGACGCAGCGCAUCAACCGCACCAUGGUGGAGCGGCUGCACAAGAUCAAGCCCUGCCUCCGGGAGGCGGCUGGCCCCGGCCAGCGGCUGAGGAAGAGCCGCUCGGUGCAGAGCCGCGAGGAGCACGACGGCCUGAGGGAGGGCCAGAGGGACCAGAAGGACCAGAAGGACGGGCAGAGGGACCAGAAGGACGGCCAGGAGACGCCAGGCCGUCCCGAGGAGGACCGGGGCCGCCACGGCCGGCAGCACGGGCUGAGCGAGCUGUCGGAGCUCAGCCUGAGGACGCUGUGCUCCGAGGUGUGGCCGGUGCUGGCCGUCAUGGGGGGCGCCGACGCCGGGCUGCGAGUGGGCGGCCGCUGCGUGCACAAGCAGACCGGCCGGCACGCCACCCUGCUGGGCGUGGUCAAGGAGGGCAGCACCUCGGCCAAAGUGCAGUGGGACGAGGCCGAGAUCACCAUCAGCUUCCCAACUUUCUGGUCGCCUAGUGACACGCCGCUGUCCAACCUGGAGCCGUGCGAGCCGCUGCCCUUCGACGUGGGACGCCUGCGCGGCCUCACCGCCGCGCUGCUGCUGGACCUCACCUGCCUGACCAGCAUCCACGAAGAGGCGGCCGCCAAGCUCAGCGCCCGCCGCCACGAGAAAAGGCACCGCAGCGCCGCGCCCGCCGGGCACGAGCACGCCACCGCCGAGGAGAGGGAGGCCGCCGGGGCGCCGCCCGCCGCCGAGCUGCGGGUGUCGCACAGCCUGGACGAGGUCAAGGCGCUGGCGGCGCCCCGGUCCGACGGCGAGACGGAGGCGCCGCCGGGCGCCACCGAGGGCGGCCGGAGGAAGGCCCACGAGCACGGCGCCCGCGGCCACGAGCCGGGCGCCGUCAGCACGCAGGCGGAGAUCCACGCCGUGCAGCUGUCCUACCUCUACCUGGGCGCCAUGAAGGCGCUCAGCGCCCUGCUGAGCUGCAGCAAGUACGCCGAGCUUCUGCUCAUCCCCAAGGUGCUACCGGAGGCGGCGCCCAGCGGCCACAACGCCGACCUGAACGCUGGCGGCCCGGCCGCCGCCACCUCGCCGGUGUGCCAGGAGGAGGUGGAGAUGCGGGCCGCCCUGCAGUUCCUCAUGCGCCACAUGGUGAAGCGGGCAGUGAUGCGCUCGCCCAUCAAGCGGGCUCUGGGCCUGGCCGACCUGGAAAGGGCGCAGGCCAUGAUCUACAAGCUGGUGGUGAACGGGCUGAUGGAGGAGCCCAGCGCCGGGAGGCCGAAGCCGGGGCCGAGGAGUGAGCCUGAGGCCGAGGGGGAGGGUGCAGAGGGCGAGCAGCUGGCCCAGACCCCCAUCACCACCAGCCCCUCCGCCUCCAGCACCACCUCCUUCAUGAGCUCCUCCCUGGAGGACACCACCACCGCCACCACGCCGGUCACAGACACCGAGACGGCGCCGGCCUCCGAGUCCCCGGGCGUCAUGCCCCUCAGCCUCCUCAGGCAAAUGUUCUCCAGCUACCCCACCACCAGCCUGGUGCCGGCGCGGCGAGCCCAGACCCCCCCGGUGGCGUCCCUGCCCACGUCCCCGUCCGACGAGGUGGGCCGCAGGCAGAGCCUCACCUCCCCCGACUCCCAGCCCACCAGGACCCAGAACCGAACCGGAACCUCUCUGUCGGACCCCAGCAGCAGGCUGUCCACCUCCCCCCCCCCGCCGGCCAUCGCCGUCCCUCUGCUGGAGAUGGGCUUCUCCCUGCGGCAGAUCACCAAGGCGCUGGAGGCCACCGGGGCUCGUGGGGAGGCCGACGCCCAGAACAUCACCGUGCUGGCCAUGUGGAUGAUAGAGCACCCGGGAACCGAGGACGAGCAGGACGAGCCGCACGCCAGGGCCGGCAGCGGCGGGGGGGGCGGGAGGGGCGGGGCCGAGUCCUCCUGUGGGGGCGCCAUGGGCAAGUCUCUGGACCGGAACUCCUUCCUGUGCUCCCCUGGAGACAUGGCCGGCGCCGACACCUCGGAGAUGGAGGAGGGCUUCAGCGAGAGUCCGGAGGGCCUGGAGCAGGACGCCGCCUCGGCCUCCAGCGGCGCCCCCCUCAGGACGCGCUCCGCCAGCAGGAAGCACCGCUUUGACCUGGCUGCCCGCACGCUGCUGGCCCGCGCUGCCGGCCUGUACCGCUCGGUGCAGGCCCACCACAGCCAGUCGCGGCGGGAGGCGGCGUCCCUCCAGCAGCAGGACGCCGGCGCCCUGUACGACUUCAACCUGGACGAGGAGCUGGAGAUGGACCUGGACGAGGAGACCAUGGAGGCCAUGUUCGGCCAGGACCUGGCCAGCGACUCCGACAUUCUGGGAAUGUGGAUCCCGGAGGUACUGGACUGGCCAACAUGGCACGUGUGUGAGGCUGACGACCGGGACGAGGUGGUGGUGUGCGAGCUGUGUGAGGCCAACGUUGCGAACUUCAACCAGCACAUGAAGAAGAGCCACCCGGGCUGCGGGCGCAGCGCCAACCGGCAGGGUUACCGCAGCAACGGCUCCUACGUGGACGGCUGGUUCGGCGGCGAGUGCGGCAGCGGCAACCCCUACUUCCUGUUGUGUGGCGGCUGCAGGGACAAGUACCUGGACAUGAAGAGCAAGGCCAAGGUGCCGCUGGUGGAGAGGUAUAAGGGCCAGGCCCCCGACCUGCUGGGGAAGCAGGACAGCGUCUAUGAAGAGGACUGGGACAUGCUGGACGUGGAGGAGGACGACCGGCUGACGGGGGAGGAGGAGUUCGAGCUGCUGGCCGGCCCGCUGGGCCUGAGCGAGAGGCGGACCGUCCCAGAACCGGUCCAGUUCCCCGACAGCGACCCGCUGGGCGCCUCCGUCGCCAUGGUGACCGCCACCAACAGCAUGGAGGAGACGCUGCUGCAGAUAGGCUGCCAGACCUCGGUGGAGAAGGGCUCGCCGGGCCGCGCCGCCCUGGGCGAGCAGGCCGCCGCCCUGCAGAACCCCCACGACCGCCUCAUGGCGCUCCGCAGGGUGACGGCGGCGGCCCAGGUGCUGCUGGCCAGAACCAUGGUGAUGAGGGCGCUGUCGCUGCUGUCCGUCAGCGGCUCCAGCUGCAGCCUCGCCGCCGGACUGGAGUCUCUGGGUCUGACCGACAUCAGGACUCUGGUCCGGCUCAUGUGCCUGGCGGCGGCGGGCCGGGCCGGGCUCUCCACCAGCCCGCUGACCGGGUCCGGCUCCGCUGAGAGGCCCCGCGGGGCCGCCAAGGCCAGCAAACCCAUCUCCUGCCUGGCCUACCUGAGCACCGCCGUGGGCUGCCUGGCCUCCAACAGCCCCAACGCCGCCAAGCUGCUGGUGCAGCUCUGCACACAGAACCUGAUCUCCGCGGCCACAGGCCUGAACCUGACCACCGUGGACGACCCUGUCCAGAGGCGGUUCCUGCCCAGCUUCCUGCGCGGCGUGGCCGAGGAGAACAAGCUGGUCACCUCCCCGAACUUCGUGGUGACGCAGGCUCUGGUGGCCCUGCUGGCCGACAAGGGCGCCCGGCUGCGGCCCGCCGUGGACAAGGCCGACCUGGAGAGACGAGGUCUAACUGCGCCUCUGUAUGCCCACCCCACCAUUGACCCCCCCGCUGUAGGCCCCCUGGAGCUGGCCAACGCGCUGGCCGCCUGCUGCCUGUCGGCGCGGCUGUCCUCGCAGCACCGCCAGUGGGCGGCGCAGCAGCUGGUGCGCACGCUGGCCGCGCACGACCGCGACCACCAGGGCCGCCCGCACACCUACGCCGACAUGGCGGGGGACCUGCGGCGGGCCUCGCUCAGCAAGCUGGAGGCCCACCAGAGCCGGGUCAUCACCUGUGUGUGGAGCGUCCCUCAGGGCCUCUUGGCCACCAGUGGGAAUGACGGGACGGUCCGAGUCUGGAACGUGUCCCGGACCCAGUACACGCUGCAGCAGACCUGCGUCUUCAACAAGGAUGACGGCUCGUUGGAGGAGGGCCUGUCGGGCCUGGGCUCCCCCGGCGACCCCAGCCUGUCCCCUCUGGCCUGGAGCGUCACAGGGAAGUACCUGGCCUCCGCCAUGGACAAGAUGCUCAACAUCUGGCAGGUCAACGGGGGCAGAGGCCUGCUGGACGUGCAGCCCCACUGGGUGUCGGCGCUGGCCUGGCCUGAGGAGGAGGCCGAGUCCCUGUGGUGCGGGGAGCCCAAAGACAUGCUGCUGGUGGGCCGGAUGGACGGCUCGCUGGGCCUCCUGGAGGUGCUGGACUCCUCCAACAUGCACCGCUCGGAGCUGGAGCACUGCUGCCGCAAGGACGUGGCUGUGAUGAGCAUCGCCUGGUUCAGCGAGGACAAGCCCUUCGCUGUGGGAUACGCAGACGGGAAGCUGCUGAUCGGCUCCAAAGAGCCCCUCGACAAAGGAGCCGUCGUGGUCAUAGACGCUCACAAGGAGGCCAUCAGCAGCAUGAAGUGGAGCCCCGGCGGCCAGAUGCUGCUGACCUGCGCCAAAGAGGAAACAGUAAAGCUGUGGGCCAAUCGGGGCUCAGCGUCCGGUGCCGGCUGGCGCUGCCUGCAGAGCCUGCGGCAUCCAUCCAUGGUGAAUGGCGUGGCCUGGUGCAGCGCGGCGGGACGCGGCCCCAACCCGCUCAGCAUGCUCGCCAUAUGCUGUCAGAACGGCCUGGUGUCCGUCUGGACCGUCCCCCAGCGGCCGGCCGACUUCCCGGCCUCCUCGGCCUCGGACCCGGAGGGCUGGUGGGACAGCGAGGCCCGGCCCCCGGCUGCGGGCUCGCCGUGGUCGAGCGCCGGCGCCGGCGCCGUGUGCGUCUUCCAGCUGAAGGGCCACAUCACCCCGGUGCGGACGCUGGCCUUCAGCCCCGACGGGCUGGCGCUGGCGUCCGGCGGCGUGGGCGGCCUCAUGAACAUCUGGUCCCUGCGGGACGGGUCGGUGCUGCAGACGGUGGUCGCCGGUUCGGGCGCCAUCCAGAACAUCGUGUGGAUCCCAGACGUGGGCGUGGCCGUCUGCUCCAACAGGUCAAAGGACGUGCUGGUGGUGAACGCCUCCAGGGAGUUCCUGUCCUCACACCACGUGCUCGCCACCUGCCGCACGGCGCUGAAGAAGCAGGGCGUGGUCGGCCUCAACAUGGCGCCCUGCAUGCGGGCCUUCCUGGAGCGGCUGCCCACCAUGCUGCAGGAGCAGUACGCCUACGAGAAGCCCCAUGUGGUCUGCGGCGAGCAGCUGGUCCACAGCCCCUACAUGCAGUGCCUGGCCUCCCUGGCUGUGGGUCUCCACCUGGACCAGCUCCUGUGCCGGCCCCCCGUGCCCCCCCACCUGCGCCACUGCCCGCUGGAGUCGGGCUCGGCCGUGUGGAGCGCCAGCGAGUGGGCGUGGCUGGACUGCUUCUCCACCACGGUGAAGGCGGCCGAGGCGCUGGCCCGCGGCGCCCCCUUCCCCGAGUCCUUCCGCGUGCCCGACCUGGAGCCGGUGCCCAAGGACGAGAUGGCGCUGCUCAUGGACAACAGCAAGUGGGCGUCUGGAUUGGAUGAGCAGAUCAUGUCCUGGGCCACCUCCAGGCCAGAGGACUGGCACCUGGGGGGGAAGUGUGACGUGUACCUGUGGGGGGCGGGGCGCCACGGCCAGCUGGCCGAGGCCGGCAGGAACAUCCUGGUACCGACCGCCGCCCCCUCCUUCUCCCAGGCCCAGCAGGUGGUGUGCGGUCAGAACUGCACCUUUGUGAUCCAGCCCAACGGGUCGGUUCUGGCCUGUGGGGAGGGCAGCUACGGCCGGCUGGGUCAGGGCAACUCGGACGACCUGCACGUCCUCACCAUCAUCUCCGCUCUGCAGGGCUUCGUGGUGACCCAGCUGGUCACGUCGUGCGGCAGCGACGGCCACUCCAUGGCGCUGACGGAGAGCGGCGAGGUCUUCAGCUGGGGCGACGGCGACUACGGCAAGCUGGGCCACGGCAACAGCGACCGCCAGCGCCGGCCGCGGCAGAUCGAGGCGCUGCAGGGCGAGGAGGUGGUGCAGAUGUCGUGCGGCUUCAAGCACUCGGCGGCGGUGACGGCGGACGGGAAGCUGUUCACCUUCGGGAACGGCGACUACGGCCGGCUGGGUCUGGGAAACACCUCCAACAAGAAGCUGCCCGAGAAGGUCGCCGCCCUGGAGGGCUACCAAGUGGGACAGGUGGCGUGCGGGCUGAACCACACGCUGGUGGUCUCCGCUGACGGCUCCAUGGUCUGGGCCUUUGGAGACGGGGACUACGGAAAACUGGGGCUGGGGAACUCCACGGCCAAGUCGUCCCCUCAGAAGGUGGACGUCCUCUGUGGGCUUGGCAUCAAGAAGGUGGCCUGCGGGACGCAGUUCUCCGUGGCGCUGACCAAAGACGGAAAAGUCUUCACCUUCGGCCAAGACCGGCUGAUCGGCCUGCCGGAGGGCCGGGCCCGGAACCACAACCGGCCCCAGCAGGUCCCGGCGCUGGCGGGGGUCCAGGUCCAGGACAUCGCUGUGGGGGCCGAGCACACUCUGGUCCUGAGCUCCACCGGAGACGUCUACACCUGGGGCAGCAACUCAGAGGGACAGCUGGGUCUGGGCCACACCAACCACGUCAGGGAGCCCACUCUGGUGGCGGCGCUGCAGGGGAAGAACAUCCACCAGAUCUCAGCCGGCCGCUGCCACAGCGCCGCCUGGACGGCGCCGUGCGUCCCGCCCCGAGCGCCCGGCUCCUCCGUCCCGCUCCAGCUGGGCCUGCCGGCGGCGGUCCCGCCCCAGUACGGCGGGCUGAGGGAGGUCAGCAUAGAGGCGGUCCGGGCCCGGCUCCGCCUCCUCUACCACUUCUCAGACCUCAUGUACUCGUCCUGGAGGCUGCUGAACCUCAGCCCCAACAACCAGAGCUGCACCUCCCACUACAACGCAGGGACCUGGGGCCUGGUCCAGGGCCAGCUGCGUCCCCUGCUGGCCCCCCGGGUCUACACGCUGCCCAUGGUGCGCUCCAUCGGGAAGACCAUGGUCCAGGGCAAGAACUACGGGCCCCAGAUCACCGUCAAGCGGAUCUCCACCCGCGGCAGGAAGUGCAAGCCCAUCUUUGUGCAGAUCGCCCGGCAGGUGGUCAAGCUCAACGCCUCCGACCUGCGGCUGCCCUCCAGGGCCUGGAAGGUCAAGCUGGUGGGGGAGGGCGCCGACGACGCCGGGGGCGUGUUCGACGACACCAUCACCGAGAUGUGCCAGGAGCUGGAGACCGGCGUGGUGGAGCUGCUCAUCCCCUCCCCCAACGCCACCGCCGAGGUCGGCUACAACAGAGACAGGUUCCUGUUCAGCCCGUCCGCCUGCCUGGACGAGCACAUGCUCCAGUUCCGGUUCCUGGGCAUCCUGAUGGGCGUGGCCAUCCGCACCAAGAAGCCUCUGGACCUGCACCUGGCGCCGCUGGUGUGGAAGCAGCUGUGCUGCAUCCCGCUGCAGCUGGAGGACCUGGAGGAGGUGGACCUGCUCUACGUGCAGACGCUCAAAAGCAUUCUUCACAUUGAAGACAGCGGCAUCACCGAGGACAAUUUCCAUGAGAUGAUUCCUCUGGAUGCGUUCGUCGGGCAGAGCGCCGACGGGAAGAUGGUGCCCAUCAUCCCCGGAGGGAACAGCAUCCCGCUGACCUUCUCCAACAGGAAGGAGUACGUGGAGCGGGCCAUCGAGUACCGGCUGCACGAGGUGGACCGGCAGGUGGCGGCGGUGCGCGAGGGCCUGUCGUGGAUCGUGCCGGUGCCGCUGCUGUCGCUGCUGACGGCGCGGCAGCUGGAGCAGAUGGUGUGCGGCAUGCCGGAGAUCUGCUGCGACGUGCUGCGGAAGGUGGUGCGCUACCGGGAGGUGGAGGAGCAGCAGGCGCUGGUCCAGUGGUUCUGGCAGACGCUGGAGCAGUUCUCCAACGAGGAGCGGGUUCUGUUCAUGCGCUUCGUGUCCGGGCGCUCGCGGCUGCCCGCCAACACCGCCGACAUCUCCCAGAGGUUCCAGAUCAUGAAGGUGGACCGGCCCUUCGACAGCCUGCCCACCUCCCAGACCUGCUUCUUCCAGCUGCGCCUGCCCCCCUACUCCAGCCAGGCCGUGAUGGCCGAGCGGCUCCGCUACGCCAUCAACAACUGCCGCUCCAUCGACAUGGACAACUACAUGCUGUCCCGCAACGUGGACACGGCCGAGGGCUCCGACACCGACUACUGA